CAGACUGAGGACAGACUACACUGAGACAUUGCAGGCGGCAUCAGCAGCAGCAACAACAGUUGCACUGAAACAAGGAUUGUCCUCUUUUCAGUAGUUUUUCUGAGUCCACUUUCUUGAGUCUGCUACGAGACAUGGCCCAAAAGCUCACUUUGGAAGAGAGGGUACAGCAGAACAUGGCUCGGGCUCAGAGCAUGCCAGACAAGGAGAAGGUCUUCAGGCACAAGGGGAUCCUCUAUCCUACAAUCAUGAGCCCGAUGGAGAAUCUGGAGGCCCUUAGGACCCUGGAGGCGUGGCAAGAGGACGUGGUGCUGGUGGCCUACCCAAAGUGUGGAUUUAAUUGGAUGGUGGGAGUUCUACGAAAGAUCAUGACAACAGCUGCAGGAAAGACAAUCGUUAUGGGCCCUCCUCAUUUAGAGUUUAUGUCUCCAGAUAUGCAAAAGGCGUUAGCACAAGAGGCUUCUCCCAGGCUAAUGGCUACUCAUCUGCACCCUGAUGAGAUGCAUCCCUCCUUCAGGGAGAAAAAAGCAAAGAUCUUGGUGGUCUGGAGGAACCCCAAGGACACGCUGGUCUCGUUCUAUCACUUCAUGAACAAGAACCCAGUGCUGCCCAGCGUGGAGUGGGACAAGUUCUUCUCAGACUUCAUGAGCGGAGAAGUGCUGUACGGCUCAUACUUUGACCAUGCUGUAGCCUGGGAGAAGCUCUUCAAUGACCCAAAUGUGAAGAUGAUCACAUUUGAGGACAUGAAAGAAGACUUGAUUAGGGGCAUCAGAGAAGUCUCACAGUUCUUCGGCUUCACCCUAACUGACGAGCAGAUCCAGACCAUCUCAGGUCAAAGCACAUUUGAUGCCAUGAAGGACGAUGCUAACAAAACCCAUGGCAAAUUCAGCCAUGUGGUGUUCCGUAAAGGUGAGGUGGGUGACUGGAGGAACCACUUCAGUGAGGCCCAGAGCCAACAGAUGGACGAGGAGUUCAACAAGAGACUAGCAGGAACCAAACUGGGGGCCCUGCUCCAAUACGACACCUAUUGCAAGUAGGGAG